CUUGAGAUGCUACACAUGUUUUGGUUGUGGCACAUGAACUACUGAUUUGUUGUGCAUUUGAUGCCACACAUGUUUUUUGCUAUCGCAAGAAUCCAACAUAAAGGAAAAAGAGUUGUCCAUAUCUACUGUACGCCAUUUCUCAUCUCCUUCACACCAAAACUCAGCUACUUGCAUGUUUCAAAUUAGCUAAGCUAAGCUUAUGUCUACCAGUUCACCACUCGUUUUGAUUCUUGCAUCCAUAUUAUUAUGUGGGUUCCUUACAAACAUUACUUCUGCAUUUUCAAUUAAAGAAUUCACUAUAGAUGAUCUUCAACUAGCUUUCAAGCAUAAGCAACUAACUUCCAGACAACUUGUUCACUUCUACCUCAGAGAAAUCUCAACGCUCAAUCCCCUUCUCCGAGGAGUCAUAGAAGUGAACCCUGACGCUCUCAGUCUAGCUGACAAGGCUGACCAAGAACGAAAGGCUAAAGCACAUGGAUCUCGGCAUAGAUUACAUGGCAUUCCUAUACUGCUCAAGGAUAAUAUUGCCACCAAAGAUAAGCUCAACACUACUGCUGGCUCCUAUGCGCUGCUUGGCUCAGUCGUGCCGCGGGAUGCAGGUGUUGUGGCAAAGUUGAGGAGAGCUGGAGCUAUCAUAUUAGGGAAGGCUAGUAUGACUGAAUGGGCUGCUUUCAGAUCCAAUCAUCUGCCUAACGGUUAUUGUGCAAGAAGUGGCCAAGGAAAGAAUCCUUAUGUUCUAUCAGCAGAUCCUUGUGGGUCAAGUAGCGGGUCUGAAAUAUCAUUUGCAGCAAAUUUGGUAGCAGUAUCAAUAGGGACUGAGACUGAUGGCUCAAUCUUAUGUCCAUCCAGUGCUAACUCAGUAGUGGGUAUCAAACCAACCGUUGGUCUCACUAGUAGAGCUGGAGUUGUUCCAAUCUCCCCCAGACAGGAUACUGUUGGGCCUAUGUGCAGGACUGUAAGAGAUGCAGUUUAUGUUCUUGAUACCAUCGCAGGCUUCGAUCACAAUGACCAUGCAACUGGAGCUGCAGUAAAGUUCAUUCCAAAAGGUGGCUACAAGCGGUUUCUUAAGCCUGAAGGCCUUAAAGGGAAGCGAUUGGGGAUAGUGAGAGAUCCAUUCUUCAAGUUCAACAAUGAUGAAGGAUCUGUUGUAGCUCAAGCUUUCACACGCCACCUCCACACCCUAAGACAAAAAGGCGCAAUUGUAAUAGACCAUUUGGAAAUUUGCAAUAGUACUGAGAUCGUAAAUUCCAAUGAAAGUGGCGAAUUUUUUGCUCUGGUGGCUGAAUUUAAGCCAGCGAUCAAUAUAUACCUAAAACAGUUGGUGAAAUCCCCAGUACAUUCCUUAAGGGACCUGAUUGCCUUCAAUGAGAAAUUCUCCAACUUGGAAAAGACAAAAGAAUAUCACCAAAACAUCUUCGAAGUAGCCAACUCUUUGACGGAUGCUGAUGCUGAAAAAAUACUGAAGUUAGCAUUACCUAAUUUAAAAGAACUUUCAAGAAAUGGGCUGGAGAAAUUAGUGAGGAAGCAUAAACUAGACGCAUUGGUGAGUCCAUUUUAUUCGGUAAGCACAAGUUUCUCAGCUCUACUUGCCAUUGGAGGAUAUCCAGGAAUAAGUGUUCCUGCAGGCUAUGACAGUAAGGGGGUGCCUUUUGGCAUUUGCUUUGGAGGAGUAAAAGGCAGUGAGCCAAAACUUAUAGAGAUUGCAUAUGGCUUUGAGCAAGCUACAAAGAUUAGGAAACCUCCUUCCUUCAAGCCUUGAUUCUACAAUGUAGUUCAUUCUGACCUUGGUGAUCCAGAAUAAUAUCUAUCAAAUGUCUUGAGCUUGUACGAGCAAUAAAGAUCCCGUUAUAGUUUCAGAAA